AUGCUGCACUGGCUGCGGGCACAGGCCGCGGUGGCGGCGUGGGUGGGGCGGAGGGCGCGAAGAGGCCGCGGGCCACCGCGGCUGCUCCUCGGCGACGGCACCCUCGAGGCCAUCAAUAUCUCCCUCACCACCACGAUCCCCACGGUGCACGUCAUCCGCACCGGGCCCAUCAUUGACGACGACAGCACCCCCAACUUCACCUCCGAUGGCUUGCCCUUGUUCCCCUUCGGCACCAGCUUCGCGGGCUCCAUCUACACCUUGUACACCUUCAAGAACGAGCUAUUCCUCUUCGGGUGCAACCUCACGGUGAUGCUGGUGGAGGACAUCAACGAAAGCAAUCCCAAGAUCAGCGCCGGCUGCACCUCCAUCUGCUCACCGGACUUAUCCAAAUACAAAGGGAUCGUUAAAGACAAGCUCUGCUUCGGCAUUGGCUGCUGCCAGGCGGAGAUCGCCGUCGCCCCCAGGAACUUCAGCGACUUUCUCCGUGGUGUACCCACCAAUGCUGUGCAGCUGAGGUCGCAGGGGCCCAAGAACAAGUCGCCGUGGCAAGUGUUCCUCGCCAAGAAGGGGUGGUUCGACGAUAGUAGCAACCUGACCAAGGCGGACAUUCAGAACGAGCUGCCGGUCUCCGGGUGCAUAACGGGUUAUGACGGCAACCCUUACCUGCCCGGCGCCAGCGGCUGCCGAGGUUUAAUCAUUGGUAUAGCAAUUGGUAGCGGGGUGGGCUCCAUACUUUAUGUUCUCCUUGCAAUCUUUAUGACACAAAAGUUUAAACAUUUGAGAGCAAAGAAGUUGAAGCAAAAGUAUUUCAAGCAAAAUCGUGGACAGUUGUUGCAACAUUUGGUAUCCCAAAAUACAGUCAUUGCGGAAAGGAUGAUCAUACCGGUAGAUGAGCUUGCAAAGGUAACUAACAAUUUCGACAAAGCCCGUAAGCUUGGUGGUGGAGGGCAUGGUACUGUUUAUAAAGGGAUUUUAUCAGACCAACAUGUCGUAGCCAUCAAGAAAUCAAAUAUAACAGUCCAAAGAGAAAUAGAUGAGUUCUUAAAUGAGGUAGCCAUCCUCUCACAGAUCAACCAUCGGAAUAUAGUAAAACUUUUUGGGUGUUGCUUGGAGACAGAGGUCCCUUUGCUUGUUUAUGAGUUUAUUUCUAAUGGAACCCUUUACCAGCAUCUUCAUGUUGAAGGACCAAGACAAUUGCCAUGGGGAACGAGGCUGAGGAUUGCAGUUGAAACUUCUAGUGCUCUUGCCUAUCUUCACUCAUCGGUUUCAAUGCCAAUAAUCCACAGAGAUAUUAAGUCUAGUAAUAUACUUCUUGAUGACACUUUGACAACAAAAGUGUCGGACUUCGGAGCCUCAAGAUACAUUCCUAUUGAAAAAGCAGGCCUAACUACGAGGGUCCAAGGGACUAUAGGAUAUUUGGAUCCUAUGUACUUUUACACAGGCCGUCUUACCGAGAAAAGUGAUGUGUAUAGCUUUGGUGUCAUGCUUGUGGAAUUGCUCACCCGGAAGAAACCAUUUUCAUAUUUGUCCUUGGACGAUGAGAGCCUUGUUUCUCACUUCGUCAACUUGCUUGACCAGAAUAAUCUUGUCCAAAUACUAGAUCCACUAGUCGUAGAGGAGGGAGACGAGGAAGUCCAUGAAGUGGCCAUACUUGCAGCAUCAUGUAUAAAGUUAACAGGUGAGGACCGACCUAGGAUGCAACAAGUGGAGCAUGCACUCAAAGGAAUUGCUGCUAGAAGAAUUGAGGAGAAUGGCAUUGCUGCAGUGAAUUGUUCAUCAGAGACAAAAGAAGGGGAACAAAGCAAGGUGUCAAGCAGAAGAUACAGUAUGGAGCAAGAAUUUUUGUUGUCUGCAAGUUUCCCUCGUUAG